AUGUGCAAACCACCAUGUCGUGCCGUGCUGAAUCCGUAUUGCCAGGUGGAUGUGCGUGGCAAGCUGUGGAUCUGUCCCUUUUGUCUCUCGCGCAAUCCAUUUCCACCGCAUUACAAGGACAUUAGCACGACGAACUUGCCAGCUGAGCUGCUGCCCAAGUACACGACGAUCGAGUACACGCUGAACCGCAAGUCACAGAUCCCACCGAUCUUCAUGUACGUGGUUGACACGUGCAUGGAAGCCGACGAUCUCAAGUCGCUGUGUGAGUCGCUCGUCGUGAGUCUAAGCCUGCUGCCGCCGAAUGCGCUCGUAGGGCUCGUGACGUUUGGCACGGUCGUGCAGGUGCACGAACUUGGCUACGAAGGCUGCCCGAAGAGUUUCGUAUUCCGCGGCUCGAAGGACUACUCUCCCAAGAACAUCCAGGACAUGCUUGGCCUCACGCCUGGCUCGCGCCCAACGCCCAACACGGGUGGCCCAUCCACACAGCCACGGCAGCCGACGACGGGUCAGAUCGGCGCCACGCGCUUCAUGCUUCCUGUCUCACAGUGCGAGUACCAGCUUACAAGUAUUCUCGAGCAGCUGCAGCGUGAUCCCUGGCCCGUUGCCAAUGACAAGCGACCUCAGCGCUGCACAGGUGCAGCUUUGAGUGUCGCUGUGGGGUUGCUGGAAAGCACGUUCCAAAACACGGGCGCACGUGUGAUGCUGUUCUGUGGUGGACCAUGUACGGAAGGGCCUGGACAGGUCGUGUCGACGGAGCUUCGUGAGCGCAUCCGCUCACACCACGACAUUGAGAAGGAUAAUGUCAAGUUCUUCAAGCGGGCCGUGCGCUUCUACGAGAACCUGGGUCGCCGCGCCGCGCACAACGGCCAUGCUAUCGAUGUGUUUUCAGGCUGUCUGGAUCAGGUGGGUUUGUUAGAGAUGCAUGCAUUGUGCAACGUCACCAAUGGCUACCAGCUCCUGGUCGACAGUUUCCAGAUGGGGAUCUUUAAGCAGAGCUUCAACAAGAUCUUCGAGAAGGACGAGAAUGGCGAUCUUCUGAUGGGCUUUAAUGCGACACUGGAGGUCCAGUGCACCAAAGAGCUCAAAGUCAGCGGCCUUAUCGGCCAUGCUGUGUCGUCCAACAAAAAGUCCAGCUGCGUGGGCGAGACAGAAAUUGGCAUUGGGCAGACGUCUGCGUGGAAGAUGUGUUCGAUCACGCCGCGCUCAAGUGCGGGUUUGUACUUUGAGAUUGCUACGCCGGCUGGACAGCCGCUGCAGCCUGGCGCACGUGGGCUGAUCCAGUUCGUCACGCACUACCAGCAUUCGUCGGGCCAGUUCCGUCUGCGGGUCACGACAAUAGCACGCAACUUUGCCGAUGGCGAUUCAGGCCACGUCGGCCUCUCAUUUGACCAGGAAGCCGCAGCCGUGCUCAUGGCACGCAUUGCCGUAUUCAAGGCUGAGAUUGACGACAGUCCCGAUGUGCUUCGCUGGCUCGACCGCAUGCUAAUCCGACUGUGCCAAAAGUUUGCCGAAUACCGCAAAGACGACCCCACAAGUUUCCGUCUCAGCGAGCAUUUCAACAUUUACCCUCAGUUCAUGUUCCACCUGCGACGCAGCCAAUUCCUCCAAGUGUUCAACAACUCGCCUGACGAGACAGCAUACUACCGCCAUGUGCUCAACUGCGAAGACGUCAACAACUCGCUGAUUAUGAUUCAGCCAACGCUCAUGUCGUACGGCUUCGACGGGCCACCACAGCCUGUGCUGCUGGACUCGAUGUCGAUUCGCCCAGAUGUCGUCCUGUUGCUCGAUACAUUCUUCCACCUGCUUAUCUUCCAUGGUGAGACUAUCGCGCAGUGGCGCAAGGCUGGUUACCAGGACCAGGAAGGCUAUGAGAACUUCCGCGAGAUCCUCGAGGCGCCUCAGGCUGAUGCUCAGGAACUGCUCAUGGAGCGUCUUCCUAUCCCCCGGUACAUUGUGUGUGACCAGAAUGGCUCGCAAGCGCGGUUCCUGUUAUCAAAGCUCAACCCAUCCACGACGCAUAUGACGGGCGGUGCAUAUGGCACAAGUGGUCAGGGUGCUGCGAUUUAUACGGACGAUGUGAGCUUGCAAGUGUUUAUGGAGCACCUGAAGCGCUUAGCUGUAGGUGCUAAUAGUGGAUGA